AUGGCCGACCCAAACAAUGAGCUGGCAAGCUUCGGUCUACACGACCCAAGGUCUGCUUUGAAUCUCUCGCCGUAUUAUCAAAACGACCUCAACAACAACAACAACAACAAUAGCAGCAAUAACAACAACGAUAACAGCAACAACCACAUCUACAGCCAUAUGUUCUAUCAAGACGCGGACAACACUCUCGCCUGCCAUCUACCUCACGAUGCCCACGACGACAGUUGCCUUGACGCGAAUGCCCUCCACGGCAUGUAUCAUGGCAAGCCUGAGGAGCCAUCAGCCGGCUUCCUACAUGCCCGAAGCAUGAGCAUCCCAGGACCAGGACCCCCUGCGCGCCCGCAUCUCACCGCACAUCUCAGCGAAUACACCAAUACUAUUUACUACAACGCCGGCGUUGAACCCUUCCCUUACGCCGAUUUCAUGCCACAGUCCGAUUCUCCUCAGUCGUCUCCCCGAAUCUCGCCUCCAGGCAACACCGAAUCGAGCCCGAACGACAACGAUGACUGCAACUCGGACUGCAGACUGUCGCACUGCGAAGCGUGUACCGAAGGCGGCGAGCCAUGUCACGAUACCGACUGCAAUGCCAACUGCGACACCAUCUGCGACAACGCCGAGUGCAAAGACGCUGCCACGCCUUGCACUGACACCAGCUGCCUGGCUCCUCCAGACCACUCAGUCCAAGCAGCCGCGAACGUGCUCGCGCGGUUGCCCGCCGACCCAAUGUCUGGUCAAACCUCGUCUUAUGGGUUCGUGCCAGACCACACUCCUUUCCAUGAUGGAUUGUCAGGCGCCAUGGGACAAUCGAUGGGCUUCCAGACUGCCUCCGCAGCCCCGGGCUUGCUUGGCAACAACUACGUGGACUUCACCGCUAUGGAUACGUGGGUGUUAAUGGGCCAUCACGUUUCCCAGUAUCAUGCCUCUGGCCAGUAUGGCGCAGGCGCAGACUGCAUCGAUCCUUCUUGCGUAUAUACGGCAAACGUCGAAAACCUUGAGUUUCCUCUCGAGCGGUGCCCCCUUCCUUAUCAGUCCCAUGCCCAUCCGGGUCAGCAGAACUUUUGCAUCGGCCAGAACCAAGAAAAUUUGCAACUUUGUCAAUUUCAGCCGACAUCUAAAGACGCGUGGCUGGAGCAUGUCAAGCAGCAACAUCCUUGUGUGCCUCAAGACCACUCGUUGAUGCACGCCAAUAUCAACUUCCAGAACCAGUCUGUUUCCAAUCCCAACAGCAACAUCCGUCUCAACAUUCCGACAAGCAUGUCUCCUGCGAUCGCAUCGCCCACUUCCAGUUCGCCGGCCUACCCGCAGUCUUCACCUCAGACGCCGUUGACGCCGGUCGACAGCAUCCAGGAUGAUUAUAGAUGCAAGUGGGUUGAGAAGGGCUUGAUUUGUGGAAUGGAAUGCAAAGACGACGACGAGCUUCAGAAACAUUGCAGAGAUGUCCAUCUCCAGGUCAUUGUCAAGGCGGCCAAUGGCUUCAAAUGCCAAUGGAAUGGAUGUAGCCGCGCGCAGGAUUUCAGCCAAAAGAGCAAGCUGGAGCGUCAUCUGCAAACCCACACAGGAUUCAAACCCGUCAAGUGCACCGUCUGCGGUGUUGCCCUUUCCGCUAAGCAGUCGUUGGCUCAACACAUGCGCAUUCAUACCGGAGAGAAGCCGUGGGUAUGCCGCCACCCCGGUUGCGGGUCCUCUUUCAAGCAGCAAUCGGCCUUGACUAUGCACACACGAACCCACACUGGCGUAAAACCCCUCAAAUGCGAUAUUUGUGGCAAGGCAUUCGGGGAGUCUUCGAACUUGUCGAAGCACAAGAAGACUCACAACAUCAAGGGUCAAUACUCGUGCGAAAUCUGCGGCAAGGACUUCCAUCGGCUCGACCAGCAACGCAGGCAUAUGAAGGUCCACGCCAAGGACAACGCCAGCAUCGAGAGCAGCCCCACAGUCGACAGUCCUGGCACCAUCGCGAAUAUGCCAAUCCGCAAGUUGAGCCAGGACCGGGUCACCAAGAGGAAGUGA